AUGUUGUGGAGAUCGACCCAAUGUGCCCCUAGAAUGGUAUUAUAUAGACCGUCUAUGGUCAUAGCUCAGCGUAGCGCUCUUCACACAACUGCUAUCACGAAUAAGAGUGCCACUGAAGUAGUAAAGGAAAACUUGGAAAAGCUGAACAAGAAAAUUGGAAAAGCCGCCGCCGAAGGUAUCGAAAAGACUCAGGAAGCAACUCACAAAGCCAGCGAGUUUGCUCAUGAAGCGGCAAAAGCUGCUGACCAAAAAAUGGGUCAGGUUGAGGAACUGACCAAAAGCUCCAAAGAACAACUGAAAGGCAAUGCCCAAAGUACCAUGGGAAAAGCAGGAGAAAAAGCCAGUGACAUGGGAGAAAAGGUUGAGGAUAAGGCCAGGAAUUUUGGCGAAAAGGCAGAAGAACUGACCGAGGACGCGAAGAAAACUGCCUCUAGAAACAUAGAGGACGCUCAGGAUUAUGUAGAUCGCAAGACUAAGUAA